AUGUCGGGUUCAGGAGGACACACUGCUGCUAGGACGCAGGAGCAGAGGAACAUGGCUGACCUGCAGGCUUUCCUGGAGGAUGGCCUGAGUUCAGAGCUGCUGCUCCAGCACCAGCUGCAGGAGAUGAAGGAGGCCCAUAAGCAGCAGCUGCAGGAGACAGAGAGGAGACAGAGAGAGGGCCUUGAGAAAAGGAUCCAGCAGAACUCUAUGCUGUCUUCAGGCUUUGACAGGAGGUCUAGUGCUGACAGACAACUGGACGAGUUCUUCAGCUCUCAGGCCAGGUAUGUCAUGUCACCCAAUGAUGCAAAUAAGUUAUCACAAUAUAUAUUUUUUGUACGUCUCAAAUAUCCUAUUGUUCUAUGUUACAUAAAACAAUCUCAAAUGUAGGGGACCGAGGAAAUCCAGUUCCAUGUCUGAACUGACCUCAGGUAGGAGGUCUACCUCUAGGAAAUCCCAACAGCUCAGACAGUCAGGGAGGUCAGUCACAUCCUCUGCAGCCCUGGCUUCUGGCACAACUGGUUCACAGCAGCUUCAGCACCGAGGACCAACAGAAACAGAGCCGCUCCAACUAAGCAAAGAGGAGAAAGAGGAGGCGGAGUGUCAGAGGAAGUUCCGUGCUGUUCCUGUGCCUGGCCAUUUGUUUUUGCCCCUCUAUGAUGAGAUGACGCAGGUGCGACAGAAAGAGAGGAAGGAAGGCCGUGAACAGAGGAGGGACUUCCUGCUCUCCAUGCAGAAGCCCUUCAGCUUCCUGGAGAGAGAUGAGAAGAAGAGAGAGAAGCUGAUGCAAAUGAUAAGCACGGUGGCACAGUCUCAAAAAGCCAAGGCCACCAAUGUCAGGAAACCAAUACCUAAAGCAAUCAAAGACCAUGCAGUCUCUGAGCAUUUAAAAGGUGUGUUGCCUAAAUAAAAUAUCUCCAGAGAUCUUGCUUAGGCACAGGAAAUGGUAUAAUAAAAGUAUUAUAAUCCUCUCAAUAUGUUAUAAUUUUUUCACUGAAUUCUGUAUGCUCUGUAGAGGAGGAGUUGCGCAGGAAGGUACGCAUCCAGCAGAGGGCCCAGGAGACCUUGAGGAAGUCCACAGCACCUAUAGAGAACCAUACUCUUACUGAGAACCCUGAGCCUCGCACCACCCAGCGAACUAAGAAGGAGGUCCUGGCCUUCCUGGAUCAGAAGCCUACCUUCCAGCCCAAGACCAACGCCCAGGUCCCUGAUUUUGACAGGCUGCACAAGGCCUUUCAGAGGGAAGCUCUGAGGAAGACAGAGAGGAAAGAUGUUACCAAGUGUCAGCCCUUCCACCUGCGGACAUCAACUCUGCCUUCAAGACCAAGCAGAAGCAGCUCUGAAAAAGAACAGGUGAGCUUACUGUAGAACUCUGCAAAUAGAACUUGAAAUGAAAUUGCUCUUUGUAUCUUUGGAAACGUUUUGUUUCCUUGUGUUAUUUUUGUCCUAAGGAACCCAUAGUCAGUGCCUUUUUGAAGAGAAGCAAUUCCUUUGGAGGCUUAACAUCACUGUCCACAGAUACGCUUCCCACCUAUAUCACAGAUGCAGCAAGGAAACGCUGUAUGGCCAUUAGGUAAAAGGGAACUGUGAACUUCAUUAUCAGCUGUGUCUGUCUCAAUAAGUAAGGAUACAGGAAAUACUCGUACUAAUCUCUGUCCUGUCCUCUCCAUGGUCCAUCAGAAAGUAUGUGGAGCAGAAAGAGAGCAAGGAGAAGGAGAGUGCAGAGUGGAUGCGGAGACAUAGGAUGAGGUCUCAGGCCAUGAAGAAGACAGUGGCUGUCCGCGCCAAGGUCAUGGAUCCUCAUAGCAGCCUGAAAGAGGUGUACCAUGAGAAGCUGAAACAGCACCGGUGAGUACUGGGAAAUUCCUCAGAUGAAAACAGGAAAGAACAGACUGAUUAAAGAGUUGUUGCUCUGUAUUUAUUUACUUAAUGUUUAUGUGGCUCUGUACAUGUAGGGAGGCUGACCAACAAAGGACUAGAGAGUAUAAGAAGGAGCUACAGGAUAUGAAGGCCAGAGUCACUGUCCGUCCUUACCUGUUUGAACAGGUGUCACAGGUAAACUAUGGGCUUGCAUUGACCUGGAAACUCAUUUUCUGGAAUUGCAAACACUUGAGAAGAGCUUUUAAACUGUUAACUGUUGUAUUAUUUACUAUUGUGCACCUUCUCUAUUCCCUGGCCUUUGAUGGAAUUGCUCUAGAAAAACGCCAAGGCUGACGCAGAGCGUAUAUACAGAGACAAGCUGAGGGAAGCUGGUUUGAAUGAGCAGUUUGUCAAAACAAAGGGAGAAGAGUUUGGAACGGCACCAGUCUUCAUAUUGGAUGACAAUGACGAUGUUGAUGACCAAAGUGUUGAGAGUGACAUGGAGAAAAGGUACCUACAAUGACAACAAGUGUGUGUCGCAGUGUCUACCAACUAACAAUUAGUUUUAUUCAUACAAUAUGUAAUGCCAAUAGGAAUACCACUACAGCUGGUAAUCCAAGGACGCCAUGUGUUAUAGUCAUAUAUACAAUGUUGCAUUACAUAAUACUUUGAGACUCUGUCGUAAAGUCUUUAGUGAAGAGAAGGCAAAUACUGGAGUCAAGCAAAACUUUGAUGCAAUUACAAUAUAGACAUUUUCUAACAGACGUCUGAUUUAGGGAUGGAAACGUAGACGUCGGGGAGAAAAUUGAAGAGGUAGAGGAAGAGAGCGUGAAAACCAGAGUGGAAUAAAUGCAUUGAUCAAAAAGGUAGACCCGGCAUGUAAUGGAACUCCAAAUAGCUAUUCUGCUUCAAAGAGCACUAUGUUGUAAAAUAAUUGUAGUCUAGUUUAACUAUGUUGACCCAGUCUUUGACUGUCUGACAUGUUUUGUUAUCAAUUAUGAUAUUUCUAAAAUGGGGACAUCUGGCCUCUGGCUUUUAAAUGUAUAUUAAAUGGAGCAAAUGUGAGAAAAUGAAUAAAGGUUUAUAGAACUGUAUAUGUUUAUAUGUAAUUUAGAAUUUUAUAUGUUGACAUUUUACAAUGGUAGGGGAUUAUGGAAUAUUAACAUUUGGCAGCAUAAUAUUUAAACCUUAUUAAAACUGAAUAUCAAAGGCUUAUUUGGUUUUAUGAAAUUAAUUUAGCGUGGCAUUAUAGAGGAGAACUACUUG